AUGUACGAGUCCACAAGCCCCCGAAUCAAUACGCGAAAGUCAGACGUGCAGCGCACACCUGAUUAUCAGCCACUCUGCUUCCACUGUGGCGAAGUGGGCCACUUGUACCGUGCCUGCUACUACCGACGAAUAGGACUCCAGGGAUAUCACCCCGGCGCUCGUCGCCCACGUGAGGGAGAGCGCCCGAGAGAAAUCCAGCAAUAUCUGGCCAGUCGAGAUUCGUCGCCGUACGCGCAGUUCCCACCGUUUGAACAGUCCCUGCGAACGAGCCGAUCUCCGUCUCCACAGAGGCGCCAGUCACGAUCACCACCUCCUCGACGAUCGGCGUCACCUAGUCGCUACACUACGUUCUCCGCUUCUGUGGGCAACCGGCCCACGAGCCCAAGUCGGGAAAACUAA